AUGUCAACUUCAGAUUUGCGCGAACGUCUUCGUAAAUUAGCUGAGCGUACUGCUAGAGAACUGCAAGCCUCUCAAAAUAAAAAGGAACAAAGUGACCAAAGCACGCAGAGUGAUGGCGAUAAUGAAAACAGUGUAUUUACCGCGCCGACACAUACGCGCAUGGCUCGUACAGUUCCAAUCAAACUGCUGGAAAAUAUUAACAUGAUCAAGACGCCAACUGUUCUGGAAUUUGCAAUACAAGAUUCGUCACAGGAACCGAAUAUCAAUGUGGAACCUGCAGUAGCGUGUGCUUCCGCCAUCAGGAAUGCAAGAACUGGAACAUCUGACACUCGUUUAGAACCCAUCAUUACAGCAUCAAAAUCUCCGGAUAAAAUCGAGAAAACUAAUGAUCUUGUUGCUAGAAGGAAUAGGUCAGUAACUAGAUCAGCGGAAAAGAACAGCCAAAAACGAACUGUCAGCGCACACGUUGAACAAUCAACGGGUCCAAAUGGGGAUAGUGUGGCAACGUCGACAGCACUGCGUCGUUCAGAAUCUGCUUCCAAUUCUCGUCCUAACCGUUAUAUUUAUGUAAACAGUCAUCCAUAUAUUGUGAUCGAUUUAUUGGGUAAAGGAGGCUCCAGUAAAGUUUAUCAAGUAUUAGACGAGAGACAGAAGAAACUGCGUGCAGUGAAAUGUGUGGAUUUAUCGGAAGCUGAUCAUUCCUCUCGCAGUGCCUAUUUAAACGAAAUCAAACUGCUGCUUAGUUUAAAGGACACAGGAUGUGUUGUGGAAAUGUCUGAUUAUGAGCUUCGUGGUGAUUUUUUGUAUGUAGUGAUGGAAAAAGGUGAUACCGAUUUGGCAACUUUUCUGAAAACUCGGAGAAAUCAAAUUGAUGAUAUAUUUAUCAGAUUUUAUUGGAGUGAAAUGUUGAAAUGUGUGCGUACUAUCCAUGAAAAAGAUAUUGUUCAUUCUGAUCUGAAACCGGCAAACUUUCUUCUUGUCGGCGGAAAUCUCAAAUUGAUCGAUUUUGGAAUUGCAUCUGCCAUUCCAAUGAAUAAGACAUCAGUCAUAAAAGAUACGCAAAUGGGAACGCUAUCUUAUAUGCCACCAGAAGCUAUUGCAGGUCCAAGCGCUUCAUUGCAUGAUGGGAAAGAAAUUUACAGAGUUCGUAAGAAAUGUGAUGUAUGGGCUUUGGGAUGUAUAUUGUAUAACAUGGUUUAUGGACAUACACCUUAUCAAAUGUGGACAAACCCGAUCCAAAAGAUGCACGCUAUUUUGAAUAAACCAGUAGUUUUUGAGAAAAUCGAAGAUGCUGAUUUAAUGGAUGUUUUGAAACGAUGCUUAACGAAAGAUCCCGAUCAACGAUCUACCGUUGAGGAGUUGCAGAAACACCCAUAUUUGACAAGAAAAGUUCGCAAAUGUAUGGAUGAAUCAAUAUUACUCCAAGAUGACAGCGAUUUAAUAAAAGUGGCUGAAGAUUUACGAAAUAGUACACCGCGAACUUCAGCUCGAAAACUUCGUGAUCUUAUGCAACGACGAGGUCCAAGAAGCGCGAGAAAAGACGUAGGGACGAACAAAUUCACUUAA